CAUUACAUUAUCCUAAUCCCUCCAUAUGUUGUUGCUGCCUUAGAGACAACAGAAGUUUCUCUCCCGAAGGGAACAAGGCUGGAACAAAGGGUCGUAAGACAGUUAAUAAGAUUUGAUCGCAGGACAGUGAAGCACACCUGUUCAGAUCAGCCUCACUGUAACUGCAGCUCAGCGUGCACCGUGUGAACAACUCUGUCUUCUGCUGCUUCUUUCUCUGCAUUUGCUUCUGUGAGGACACACUUCUCUGUUCACCAAUGCGUCUCUACCAUAGCACACAGAUAUCUCAAAAAAGGGGUCUUCGAAAUAGAAAAGAGAGACAUCACUGCUGGAUGGCCUCACCACGCCAGGUGACUGAGAGUCCACAGCAGGAGCCUGGUGACCUCAUCCAACCCAGAAAGCUGCCAAAUCCCAUGCUGGCUUCUCACCAACACAAAUCACUACACCAAGAGCUGCUAUUCUGCCACAAAAGAGGUCUACUGCCCAGAAAAAAGCCUGAGCUGCAGUGCGUGCUGGAACACAAACAGAAAGAGCAGCACAAGCAGAGGGAGCUGGCCCUCUCACCUCCCUCCGACUUGGAGGUGAAGCUACGCAGGAGGCAGCAGAGAAUACAAAUCUACGAGCUGGAGGAGGAGAAGAGGAGUGAAAGCCUGCAGAAUAUACCGGAGUUUGUACGUGUGAGGGGAACCCUGAGACGGGUCCAAACUUUUUCUUGGUGAUGACAGGAGCAAAGUGACACUUAAUGACAUUAUCGUGGAGCCCUGACAAGUUCCUACAAAGUCGGUUAAAAGGAUCCUUUACUGGCAACUGCAUAUAUUUCUACUGAAAUCAUCAAAAUUGAUCAGUAUUACUUUGAGACUAAUGUUGAAGUAUAACGGAUUGUUUACUUCAAUCGCAGUUUGGAGUUGUAAAAUCCUCCUGUGAGAGUAUUUUCUCUUUAAAGUGUGUUGUGUAAAGAUAAUAAACCAAUAAGUGUGUUUUUACACUAAAUA